AUGUCUCGGCAGCGCCCAUCUUUCGUCCAGCGCUUCGUGCCUGAUAUCGCCCGAAUCUUUGAGUUCCCUAACGGUGUCAUGUCUGCUGCCAAUGGAUCCCUAGAUCCUCGCUCUCUCAACUAUGAGAGUAGCAAUCUGAACGAGAUAACCCGCCGUCAGAUGAACGAGGACAUCAGUGCAUAUCGCUACGACUUGGACUUCUGCCGAAAUCAGCUUGCUUCUGCCGAUCUCACCCCUCAGGAGGUAAGAACUUUACAGAUACGUGUCCUAGACUGUGGCCACAACAUCCGUAGUUGCCAGCACAGGAUUCAGCAAUUAGAUGCCCAGGCACGCAACUCAGCUGCCGCUGCUGCCUCGGCUACCCCUACCUAUAAGACCCAGCAGUAUCGCAAUGCUACGGGCACUCCUGCCUCAACUUCUGGAGUUAAGAGACAGCGCACUACGAAGCCGUUAGACAGUGAUGACGAUGAGACCAUGGAAGCCCAACCAGCUAUGGACUUGAAUGGCUCGGGUACUACUAAUUUCCAGCGACUUGGUUUCUGGAAGUGCCGUCUCUGCACAUCGCCGAAGUUUCUAGAGGCAGGUGCCAAUCGCGUUCCUAGUGCGCCUUGCAAGUGGCCGCUCAAGGACGUUUCUAAAAUGAUCAACCACUUCCUCGACAUGCAUACAGAGCAUACUCCGAGUGAACGUUGUGAAGAGCUUGGUACCGCACUUGCAUUCAAUCGGGGCCCCUUUGAGUACUGGCUAGUCCGUACACGAGCACAAGACUUAGAAGACCCUAGUGUUGUUGAUGAGUUCAUCAACACUCUUCAGUCCGGCUCUAUGCCCGACGCUCUCCGUGGUCUCAGUAGAGCAGCCAGCGCGUUCCCCAAUACCACUUCUGGAUGA